CUAUUCUUCUUUGUUUUAACCUUAGUUGAGUUUUUUAACAUGAUUUGAAUGACAAGCAGAUCGGAGACCUCGAUGACCAUAAAAGUCUUCUUGUCUUAGUAAUAAAAUACUCCAUCUUUCCGUUUAUUCCUCUUCUUUGUUUAAUCUCUUCUCUUUGUAUUUGGGGUGAUUUUGACUUUUGCCUUUGAAGCUGGGUUUUGAGUUUUACAUCGAAUUCCAUUCCGAACAUGAAACAUUCUUGAAUCUCUGUUCUGUUUCUUUGCUGCACACACAUUCUCGGUUAAACUUUAACCAGGAAUCUGAAUUUUUGGGAAGCUAAAGGAUUGUGGUUUGUCAGGGGAUAUGGCCAACUCGAGUGAACAGCAAAGUCGUGGUUCCAGAAACGGCUCUGACCGGAUAGAGACGCUGUACGACCAGUACCAAAGGAAUUUGCCUUCUUCAUCUGAAGAGAAGUCGAGCAAGGGAAAGUUUCACAACCGCGUCGGCAAAUUUUUCAAGGCAGCAGCAAGGGGCGACAAUCCGUCAAGCAACAAAGAUCAGACACAGGCUGAAAACCCUGCAGCUCCUCUAAAUGGGAAGGCUACCCAAACCCAAAACAAUAGCGACGAAGGAAGCUCGUCACAGAAGAGAAAAAUUCGCAAGACUUAUUCCCAUCCACCCAAGGUUCGGGGUUUUGAAUACGAUGAGAGGUCACUCGAAAUGAUGCUUCUCGAGGGUGGAAAGGACAAUUCGCUCAAGACAAUCGGAGUUGUGGGUCCUCCCGGUGUUGGAAAAACAACCCUUUGCAAGUUGAUUCUCGAAAACGAGAGAGUGAAGGAUAGCUACGGUCGAAGGAUCUGGGUAAGCUUACCGGAAAAGGCUGAGGACGGAACAACGUUGGAUCGUGCUGGAGCUACAGAGGACAUCGUCGAGCUCAUUUCUGAUGAACAUAAACUUCCUCGAUUGCUCCGAGACCAGCAAUUGAAGGAGAAGAAGUACCUAAUCGUGCUUGAUGAUGUUGGGGAGGGAGAGAUCGACAGCUACUAUAACGCUCUGAAAGCUUGCUUUAGCGAUGAACUUCCAAAGGAGAAAGGGGGAGCAGUUAUCGUGACAAGCAGAUCCGAGGAAGCAGCAAAGAAAGUGGUCGGAGACAAGCACUUGCAUCGCCUUCUGCCCCUGUCUGAUCCAAAGAGCUGCUGGUUAAUAUAUACCGAUGCGGUGAAAGGUUUUCCAACACCAGAAGACCCAACAGCUUCGAAAGAUGUGAUGGAAGAACUCAUGAAGAAAUCUGGCGGUCUACCUGGGGCUGCACAAAUGAUGGGUAAAAUCAAGGCUGCCAAAAAGGGGAAUAAUAAUAGCUCUCUAAGGUCUUGACAAUUCUGGCUUCAAAAAUUAUGGUUUAGUGUUCAGUCCCAUUGCAUUUGAUUGAGCUUUAAGAAUUUAAUUUGGGUUUGUAUUUCGUUAUUUGUCGGUAAAAUUGUGAGAAAUGAUUCACCUGUUUUAGCAAGUAAGAUGUAGUACUUGGUUUGAAUCAUUACAUGCAAGAGCAAGACAUGCAGAUGCAGUUGCUUGCUUCCGAGUUCUGAGUUGUUAAGAAAUCUGUGUUUUUCAGAAGAUGGUGAACUGAACUCUCCGGGAACCAAAGACACUCCUUUGGGAGUUUCUUGUCGUUUGGCUUAUUAAUUUAUUUAAUUUUAUAUUUUGAAAGUCAA